AUGACUUUGGAGAUCACUCAGUUGCCAACGCUCGAACAUAAAAGGUUCUUGCGUGAUCUGCGUAGUGGCAAAGUCAAGCAGAUCUGUGUGCUCGUCGCUGACGACGAGUGUGUAACCGACAUAAGGUCAGCAACAGUGUUUAUUGAGAACGAGAGAGUUCUCAGUAGUUCAUCGAUGGACGAGAGUGUCCUCGAUAAAACGCACGAGUUGAGCGAUAUGACUCCCAAUUGUGGGAAUCGCUCGAGACAAAUUCUCUCUAUGAUGAUUUAG